AUGAGGCGAAAGCACUCGACUCAUCAGCGACGCGCUACAUGGCUUGCAUUUGCCGUCGUAGCGCUCGCAGCGUGCACUCCCGUCGUGCAGGCAGCAUACGAUAAUAAGCAUCACGCAGGAGACGUGUCGGGCAAAGAAGAGUCCUCUGAUCAACGUCAAGCCGAACCACCAGCUAUUUCUUCCACAAAUGGAGACGAGCAGUACAGAAAAGCAUUGGAACUCCUUGCCUCGCUACCAUCCGCGAGAACGUUGCAAAAGGCUGCAGCGGAAACAAAUCGUCCAAAAUCACUCCUCGCCUCGUUAUUCCCCAACCAUGAAGGUCCCAUCGCCACCGCUGUAAGAAUACUCGGUCGUAUAGAGCAAGAACUCUCGUUUCUCCCUGUCCGAGUCUUCAAAUCUUUCAAUUUCAAACGCCCCAACCCCAAUAUUCGCGAAAAGGCGUCUUCUCAGGCUGCAAAGGCACUUGCAUUGCUAGAGGAAGCGAGCGAGAAGGGUAACCUCGAGGCGACGUAUACACUAGGAAUGUCAUCCCUGUUUCCUCCUCCAGGCGCUGCACCAAAUGCGACUCGAGCAUUGCUGGCAUUUGACAAGCAUGCGAGUAUAACCGGAAACUCGACCUCUCAAGCAGUUCUGGGGUUCAUUCAUUCGACUGGCUUGCAGGGUGUCGUUCCCAUUGAUCAAGCCCAAGCACUGCUCUACUAUACUUUUGCAGCGCUUGGCGGGGAUCAACAUGCAGAAAUGGCACUCGGAUAUCGAUAUUUCAUGGGUAUUGGCGUCUCGGAGGAUUGCCUACAAGCGCUUGAUUGGUAUGAGAGUGCAGCAGAAAAGUCGUUGCUGCAUUUCCAAUCUGGUCCACCUGGUGGCCGAACCCUUCCCCCUACACCACUCAAGCUCACGGAUAUGGCUGGCGGCGUCUUUGGCUACGGAGCCAGCACUGCGUCGACGGGCCUCAUGGCGAACCGGCCUAUCAUCAAAGCAGCCCAAGCACUCAAGACUGGAGAGAGGUGGGAUGAAGUCAUCGAAUACUGGAGGUUCCACGCUGACCGAGGAGACAUCGAGGCUGCUUACCGACUUGGAAAGAUUUACUACCAUGGUGGGAUGUAUGUCACACCCGGAGGUAUUUCUGCUGGUGUCGAAGGCAUCGCUACUGUGCAAAAGGACUUUGUGCAAUCGCGCUCCUACUUUUUCAAAGUCGCGCGCAAAGUCUGGCCACGGGACAAUCCCGCAAAUGUCAACCAGUUCAAGGCUACCGACGUGGAUCCGACGGAUAUGUAUUUCGCUAUUCUUUCCGCGCAUUUUAUAGGCAGGAUGCAUCUUCGUGGCGAGGGAAUUAGACAAGAUAUCAAGAUUGCCAAGAUGUGGUUCGAACGGGGGGCACUCGAGGGUGAUAAAGAGUCUUUGAAUGCGUUGGGUAUCAUCUAUCGUGAUGGGUUAUUGGACGGAAAGGAGAAGAACGACAAGGCGAUUGUUUAUUUCAGUCGUGCUGCUGCACAGGAUUUACCAGAGGCAUUGGUCAACAUGGGGAAGAUCUACUACCGGAAUGGAAACAUGGUCAUGGCGAAGAACUAUUUCGACAACGCCAUUCGCUACGGGUCACAAUUCGAGGCAUUCUACUAUGCAGCCACGAUCCAUGCAAACAUGGCGCGCAAUAAUCCUCACAACACGCCGGCUUGUACCACUGCUGUUUCGUUCUUCAAGCAAGUGGCAGAGAGAGGAUGCUGGAAGAACAACGUCAUCGCCGAGGCGGAAAAGUAUUGGAACUCUCCGGAUCCAUCGUUGAGAGAAGGCGCAAUUGUGCGUUGGCAGAUUGCCGCCGACCGGGGUGUAGAAGUUGCGCAGAAUAAUCUUGCGUAUGUCCUCGAAGAGCUGGCAAAGUCGCAAAAACGAACCAUCCACUCAGGCUCGGGUUUAUCGAAAGAGUAUAACCAUACCGCGCAAGACGCCAUUAUGUACUGGACGCGAUCUGCUGCUCAGGGUGACGUGGAUGCGAUGGUCAAGCUUGGGGACCUGCAUUAUCAUGGCAUCGGCGUUGAUGAGCCACCUGCACUACGACACGAAAAGGCCGCGGGUUAUUACCAUGCAGCUGCGGAUUCAUAUAGUACGAUUGCAAUGUGGAACAUUGGAUGGAUGUACGAGAAUGGUAUUGGGGCGCCUCAGGACUUUCAUCUGGCCAAGCGUUACUACGAUAUGGCACUCGACUAUAACCACUCUGCACAAUUCCCAAUCGUGCUUUCCCUGAUCAAACUGCACCUCCGCUCGUUAUGGUACAUUCUACGAGGUGGAACUCAACCGAGCUUGAUCCUCUGGGGAGAUGAUGCAGAAAACGAGGGGUGGUGGCCCAAACUAUGGCGCUCGAGCAACGCAGAGCCGGCAACGGACAGACAAAAGGUUGUCGAUGUCGACGACGAAGACCCGAUUCAACGAGCGCGGAAUAUCCGCGAUGCCGCUGUUGGGAUUGGCGACGAGGAGGAUCCGGGUGAUGACUAUUUCGACGGUAUGACCCGACGGCGACACGGUGCUGGCGGUGGUGGUGCUGGAAGAGAAGGAGAGGGAGAUAAUGCAGAAUUUGAAGAGUUUGAGGAUGAUUGGGAACUGGUUGUGCUCGCGCUUUUGGCCAUGGGCAUUGGUGGUCUCAUCAUACUUCGACGGUAUUACGAACAGCGUAGACAAGAAGCGCUGGAGCGCCUUGAACGCGAGCGGCAACAGCAGCAACAGCAGCAACAGCAAGGAGGUACCAUGGAUCACGAGCAACAGCCAGGACAGCAUCAUCCGCCUGCGCCUGCACCCGAGCAUCGCUUAAACGAGCCGUUGCAGAACAUGGGGCUAUUUAUGUAG